AUGGUUCGAACGAGGCAAUCGGUGGGCGCCGCUCAGAAACGACGUCAUGCGACCGUUAGUUUAUUUCCUUUUUUUCUUUCAAUCAUUUGAAAAUGUGUGCCUUUAUCAUAUCUAUAUAUCUUGAUAUUGUCGUUUGGUUGUAACAUAAAGGCCUACUUCAUGUACAAAGUCCAAAAGGUCUCAAAAGGGAGAUUCCGAGAAACUUUUGGCACCAUUUUGGAACUCAAAAAGAAGCUUGUGGCUCUUCUUUCAUUUUUGAGGUCAUUUGGAUUUUUUUUACUGUUGGGACAAAGCUAAAAUGAAUUUACGGACGAUCCUGAUUUGAUAAAAAAGCCUAACUGCGGACCGUGAAUUCGAGGUUUCGAACAUAUCAGAACGUCUUUUCUACUCAAAAAAACGAUUAAAAUUUUCUUUAAAACACUUUUUCAAAGUUAUAAAGUUUAAUCGAGGAGUUCAAAAAAGGUAAGGCUACUUUUAAGAAGUUUUACAGGACCUAAAGUGGAAUUUUCACGAAAUCAGGGAAUUUCGAGUGCUUCUCAGGUAAAAAAAAAACAGCAAAUUUUCGGAAAAUAGAAGUAUUCCAGCUACCGUAGAAAAAUCUAGGAUUUCAUCGAUAUUUUCCAGAGUUCCAACAGCAAAAAAAGCUAAUUUGAAGGCGUAAAAGUAUAUGACGCCUCGUGUUCUCGAGACCUUUUUUUUUAAUUGUUCCGCUGCUCCUUUAAACAUCUCAUAGCUGUUUUGGAUGGUGUGAACAGAAUUCAUUAAAUUUAGAGAGGUGAAAAACAAAGAAACCGAUUUUAAAGGCGCAGAGGCUUUGCAGUUUUCAAGAUAAUACUGAAAUAGCUUUCAAGAUUUCAAGUACGGAAUAAAUUUGAAGAGUUCCGAAAGCGAGGAAAGCCAGAGUUGUUCGCGCGAGACGGCAUCGCCGGUCGACGAGAAGCCCGAUCUUGGCCCGCCGCUCGCCUGCAUCAACCAGGAUCUCCCGCCGCCUCUCUUCAAGUUCAAACCACUGGAACAAGUAUACUGCCCGCUGGGUUAUCCACAACAAAAGUUGCGAAAGUUUAAGGACGCCAAAGUCGAGAACAUUGCGGCGCCGAUGAAGACCUUGGCCGAGAUCUUCAACUCGAGGCCGACCCCGGCUUCGAAGGCCAACCCACCACCGCCCAGUCUUCAUCCGGAGGCGACUCCCAUUUCGAGACGGAGCUUUUUGGGGUGAAAAUGCUGGGAAAGAUACCAAAAAUGGGCGUUUAUUCGUUGUAACUAUAUUAGGAUUUUCACAAGUUUUGAUUUUUUUUUUCACUCGAGUGGAGGCUUUAAAGCAACAUUCAGAGAUCCUACAGUAGUUUUUUUUUAUCUAGUAUUUCAAGGGACAGGGAUUACCACUUUACAUUGCAAAAUUUCUCUGAGAAUCGGCUAGAACACUCCUUGAUGUACCAGAAGAAGAUUCUGAAGGUCUCGAUCUCCAAAAAGUCCAGAACACUGGGAAAAUGUUUAGUGGCCACUAUAGUAGUCAAACUAGUGGUCACUUAAGGGGUUAAAAGUUAGUGACCACUAUAGAGGUCAAAGAGCUACAACUAGACCACUAAAAAAUUUACUGGCCACUUUAGGGGUCAAUGGAUCGACAUAACUGGUCCAAUAUGUUUGUUUUAAAAUUAGAGUUACUGGAACUGGAUGAAAAACUACUAAAGUGGCCACUAAAUAGAGAACCUCUCUAACGGAAAAAAGUGGCCACUAUAGAGGUGGGUUUAGUGGCCACUUUAGUGUCCGCUCCAAGUAGUCCUUGGCGAGCCUCUAUAGUGGCCACUAAAAAUUUUCCCAGUAACUCAGUUUAACGGAUUUUAAGUGUUUUUUUCUGAAGUUUCACGUUUUUUUCAGAUUUUGAGCGUUUUUUUCUGAACUUUCUCGAAAAGUAGAAAGUUGGGCAGGUGGAACUUUUCAGAAUCUUCUUCUGGUACAUCAAGGAGUGCUCUAGCCAAUUUUCAGGAAAAUCCCAGAGUAAAAUGACCUCCCUAGUAAGGAACUUUAUUUUGCCAACGAGAGGUUAAAACUCUAGGAAAAAAUUUGCGAGUUUACUGAUUUUUCAAUUCGGUAGGGAGUACUUCAACGACUUUUUUUUCUAUUUGACACAAUUUUUUUGUUUCUUAAGUUUUCCUUUAAACUGUGUGUUCUUGUUAUGAUCAUACUGUAAUUAGUGUAAAUAAGAAUGUCUUUAUAAUUAUUAAAAUUCGUAUAAUUUUUCAUACAAUCCUUCUUUUUUCGAAGACAAAAUGAACUUUUAAAAGCAUAAGAAAAGUAGAAGCAUUAUUCAUAAUUUAUAAGAACCUGUAGAAUUUCGCUUUUCCAGAAACCUUGUGGACCAUGAGCGAAGUCCGCCUCCGCAACUGGAGAAAUGCGAGAAAUUUUCCACCCGCUAUGUUCCUCCCAGUGAUGGUAAAAAGGCAUUUUUCACGAAGUUCUAUGUCCGAAUCCAUUAUAGAUCUUCUGAGAAAGCGACAAAUCAAAGCGGAUCUGGCCCAAAACUCGCUUUCCAGAUUGGUCAACCAGAAGCCCGUCCUCGUUCCCGUCGUCUUUGGGAAUGGUGAUUUUUCUUGAGAUUUUUUUUUAGAAGGGACCGGUUUAGGGGGAAAAAAGAGGUUUAGAGAAACUUUCGGCACCUUUUUAGUACCUCAAAAAGAAGCUGUAAACUCUCAUUUUUAAGGCCGUUUGGACUGUGCCCGAGGUAAUAUUUCAGGGCAAUGAAUUUUGUUUUCCCGGAAUUUUCGGUUCCAAAAAUAGAGGGGGUAUUCAAAAAUGUGAAAAAUAAUUUUUCGCCUUUUUUCUCCUGAACCUCGCUAUGAAACACAUCAUCCGACUUUUUCUGUUUCAUAAUUACGAGGGCCAGAUACGGAAAACCAAAUUUCAAUCUGGAAAUGGCGAACUUACGAAAUAAUUUCCGACUUUAUGAACUGGUUAAGGAAAAGAAUUUUUUUUCGCUCACCAGGGAACGUUUUUUAGAUCUUGUUUCCGAGUUAUAGAACUUCAAAGUGUGCAAAAUAGGCAAAUUGGGCCAAAAAAGCGCUAUUUCGGGCUUUUGAAGUGUCCUAACUCGAAAACGAGAUCUAUUGCGAGACAUUUUCUGCCUGUUCUGAAUCAGGGGGUACACUCCAGCAAAGUUUCAGCAAAAGUUCAACAGGUUCAGGGGGUAAAAAAGCGUUCCCUAGUCAUUUUUUCCUAUACCUGAACGGUUUUAUUCAUUUUUGUUACACUGAGGUAUGUUUUUAUAUAGAGGACCUUGCUUCUUUUUUAACAAUUUCGUUCAACAAGAUUUCCAUCUAAAAAUGAUUUAUAGCAAGGUAAUUGAUUUAUCAAUAUCAAAUAAAAGAUAUUUUCAGAGUUUCCACAAAAAGAUCCUUUUUUUUUACUUCAAAGCUCAUUUUUAGGAGAAUCAUCGGGCGCCUGUUCGAGUGUUGGCGAGACGGCGGCCGAUGAGAUCUCGGCUUCUUUGAAAGAACGACAUUUUGCGGGCUCAAUCGUCCAGUCGGCGUCCGAACAUCACUUGGCCCUGGGUAAGAAUUGGAAAAAAACGCCGAAAAAAAUCUAUGUAAAUAUUGUUUUUUUGGCUAUUUUUUUCGGAGUUUUUUUAUUGAAACUAGGCCAAGAUGAAGCUUUUGGGGGCUAAAAAAAUGUGCUUCUUGAACGACAUUCUAUUAAAAAAAUUGACAAAAAAAUGGUUUUCCAAAAAAAGGUGUGUAGUUUUGAACUACACGAAAGGCGAUUUUUUUCUUGAUACCUUAAUUAUAUAGUCGAUUUAUGAUUAGCUUGGUACAAAAAGGGGCGUGGCUUGUAUGCACUCUCUACCAACCAGGCACUUUUUUUUUAUCGUGCCAGGACCCUUUUUUUUUCUCAAGGGCUCAAGCCAGCCUUGAAUCACCUUUUUUCAGAAACUAUGCACUUUGUGAAAAGUCGAAAUCAGUGAAUUCCUUCACGAAUAGAAGUUUUGGAAAGAAAUAUAACAAAAGAAAAAUGGAACAACAAGAAAAAUCCUAGGCUUGAUGGUGGUGAACGGCCUGACGAAGUUGGCGGCACGUGGCGACGAUUCCCAGGUCCAAAUGUCCCACGAUAUUUAUGCCAUUUUCGACAAGUAUCGUCUUUCUUAAAGGAGAUUCUCUGCCAUUUAUUCAUAUUUUCCCAUAACCCCCUUCCGCCAUCUCCAUUCCAACUUUUUUUUUAUUUUUUAAAGAUUUUCCGGGUUGAAAGCCCUUUCAAAUCGAGCAAUUCACGGUGAUUUUUUAUAUUUUGCACUUUCUACACUUAAGCGGCCCCUUGUUCAUUUCACGUCACAACGCUGCAGUUCGAAAAGUUCUAGUGGUCCCUAUAGUGGCAGACAGAGUGGCCACUUUGACUCUAUCAAGAACUCUUAAGCAGUCCCUCUCGUUCUCACAAUUUUGUUGCAAUCCCAUAGUGCAAUCCCAUAGUGAAUUCCCGAUUCGAGUUUUAGCACUUAACCGGUUUCUUUCAGUUAAUUCUGACGUCGUUUCGUAGCCUUAUAAGACCUCUCAAGUAGCCACUUGAAUUUACAUGUCUCUGAUCGCACGGGGAAAAUCUUUCACGCAAAAGUCGUUUCAAGUCCGGUGACUCGAGCCAUUCCAAGUGCGACCGUCGGUUUUUCUCUUCACCCUUUUUCAUGAUGCUUUUUUCCCAAACUUUUGAAAUUUUAUUGAUUUUUAAGAUAUUUAAAUAUAGUUUGCUUAUUUUUGUUUUGUUUUACUUUGUUAGUUUUUUCAUCUCCUAUCAUACGAAGCGGUUCUCCAAUGCGAUCUGAUCUGGAUGAUUUUUUUCUACAGUUAUUUUCCCCCAAUCAUCUGAAAAAUCGGUUGCGAAACAUUUUUUUCACGGUUUCUUUUUUUCCUAUGAAAUUUUUUUGUAUAUGUUGCGUAUUGUCUUCCUUUUUUUCACUUGACACUUUUUCUUAUUGAAAAAAAUAAAGGACAUUUUUUUAUAAUAUUUAAAAAAAGAAAUGAAAGUUUUUUUGCGAACCCUCAGGGGACUACUUGAAGCCAGAAAAAGUUUCCGAAUUCGCUAAAUUUCAGGUUUGCUACGGUGGAAAGAAAUCAGCAAAAAAAUCAGAUGACGCUUUUUGAAUUUUUUUAAAAAAAUAAUGAAUAUUAAAAAAAUUAUAAAACAUAAGUUUUUAACUUUUUUUCUGUAAUUUCUAACUAAAAAAAUAAUUUUAACGAGAAAAAAAUAAAAGAAAAUACUGCAAGAAACGGAAAAAAAUUCCGAAAGUAGCUUCGUAAUUCUAGCGACGCAAAAUUGCACAACCGGCUCCUAGGGCCGUGUAUGAAGAAAAAAAUGAGCUACAGUAUCCCUUCUUUUUGUGAAAUUCUUUUUUUUCGAGAAGUAGAUUUUAAAAGUAAAUUAUCAAAGUUAUGAUCGCAUUGGGAAGACUCAGAUUGUAGGACCUGCGAUGGCGUUACUUUUGGAACUGCUCCCGACUUUUAAACGGCUUGCGCCUAACGAAAUUGAAAGUUUUUGGGCAAAACUAAGGGCAGAGCAACGCAUUGAGCCAUUCUACGUGCGAGCAUAACUUUGAACUUUGGAUUAUUAUUUACAACUAUUUUGAAGUUUAUUUUUAUUGAUUGUCCAAAUUUUCGUCCAAAGAAGCUUUCUGAUCUGUACUCCGGGUUCAAAUUAAUUUCCGCGAAAUGCAAAAUGUCUCCGAAUCUCCAAAAAUUAGUUAUAUUUUCCUUUCUCUAACGGGUAUUUUGCAUUUCGCGGAAUCGCUUUGAACACGGCAAUAAAAUCGAAAACUUUCUGAUUUCGCCAAAAUACUGAGGAAGGUCCCCAGAAAAGAAAGCUCAACCUACAAACUUUUUUCUUCCAGUUCCUUCUCCUAAUGCUCAAAUUGUGAUUCGGCUGAGCCCUCGCCGUCGAAUACUCGAGAAAAUGUGAAGAAGAGCAACCGACGGGCUCGCCGAGCAUGCAUUUUUGAGCAGCAGACCUUCGGACCAUACAUGGGCCACCGCCCUCACUUUCAAUGCAAUGACGAUGCCAACUGUGAAUCGAUUUUCUUUCUUUUUUUUCUUUGCUUUUGUUUUUUUUUCGCUAUUUUGGUGGCUGGUGUAAUUUCUAGUAAAAGUGCUUUUGUUAUUUUUUCUAUAGAGCUUCGGACUCAAAAUGUGAUUUUAUCGAAAAAAAUUAUAUUAAAUAUUUUUUUUCUCACAUUUAGUCUUCUGAUAUUUUUUAAACAUAAUUAUCAUGUCUUUUUGAAUUAUAAUUGUUUAAAAAUCUGUUUGAAAAAUUCAUUCGGAGGUGUUUUGAAAGAGCAUAGUCAAAUUUUCUAAACUUCUCGAAGCAGAGAGCCAUUUCAAGGGUUAUUUUGAGUAAUUCAACUUUUCUGCACCUUUGACCAUCCUGAAUAGACUAUAUAUAAGUUCAUAAAACAAAAAAACUUGAAAAUUUAAAUCGAAUUCGAAGACUUUUCGCGUCUUGGUCGUCUUUUAAAAUGCACUGUCCGCAAUGACUGCUGUUUGCAGAUUUUCUGAGUACCGUAAACACCAAAAUAUUUUGAAGCAAAAUUUUCAAAUUUUACACUUUUCCUUUGAUUUUUAAUUGAAACUUGAAAAAAUUUCAGAACGUUUACGAUGAAAAAAACGUGACAAAUCGGCUGAAAAAGAUGCAGUCGCACACGUUCACGCGUGCGCGCGGCGUACCGGUGUACAUGAACGGCAGCGUUUCCCAACAAAGGCUCUACGAUCGUCUCAGCGAGGUUCCUGAUUUUAUAUUCGUUUUGAAACCGGGAAAAAAGUAAUUUUCAGCCAUCGACCUCGAGAGGAGUGCCACGAUCUGCCUCCCUAGCACCACCGGGCCUUCGGAAUGGUUCAGCUCCUGAUGUUGGUUUUUUUAAAAUCUUUUCGUUGUGUGUUUGAAAAUUUUUUGCUGUAAUCUUUAAAACGUCUCUAUCGUCUUAGAAUCUGUGAAAGUCUAAGAAAAAAUUAAGAGUCUGAAAAUGGCUCCUGAGUUUUAGAUUUUCCGAUGCGCCUUGUAACAUCACAUUUGGAUGAUUUUAAAGCUUGUUGUUCAGCUUUUUAUCUCUAGAAUCGUUAAUUGUUAUUUGUUUUGAAGUCCCAAUCAAAUAGUAGUUUUUAUUUCAAGCUUUAAUCCACGCAAAAGCGAAAAAUGUUGGUCAAGAGAUUUUGGAAAAUCAAAGGUCAAGAAAACAAAUGAUUUUUGAGACUUAAUUUUUAUUUUUCGAUUUACAGGUUUCAUAAACUUGUCCCUUUUGGAAGGGCAUGAGAGAGAUUUUAUUUCAAUUUUUUUAAGAUAACGAGUUUUAAUGAAAUUUUCAUAUUCACGGAUCACUUUUAUAACUUUUUUCCUCGCGAAAAUUGGAAGAUUUUUCGAAGAUUUAGAGCUCGAUUUUUGUAAAUUUAUGAUUUUUUUUUCAGCCAACGUUGCCACCAACAUAUGUCCCAAAAUUUCACGAUGAAGCGGCUGUACGAAGAAUGACUUAUCGACGAGUCCCCGGCACGGAUAUGUACUUAUCCAAGAUUUCUUUCGGUUGACAAUAUUUUUUCCAUUUUUCUCCUUAAAAAUUCAAACUUUGUCCUUCUGCUUCUUUUUUUGAAGAUUUUCAUUUGUCCUUUGUCCUUUCUUCUAAUUUCAACUUUUCAAGGAGCCGCUCCAAUCGGUGGAAUGUUCGGGAACGUGGAAGAUUCGAUAACCCAAAUCGUCGAAACGGCGAUAAGACAGGGUAACUUUCAACCAGAAUUUUCACUCAUCAAAAUACAAUUUUUAGGCAUAAACUACAUUGACACGGGUUAUUGGUACAGUCAGAGCAGGAGCGAGUCGAUUUUGGGAAAGGUUUUUUUUUGUUUUCACCUAACUUCCUUUUAAUAUCGACAAUUUUUAGGCUCUAUCGAAAAUCCCGCGACGUUCCUACUAUAUUAGCACGAAGGUAGUUUUUCCAAAGUCAAAAUUUUAUUUUGAAAGAAAAGAAAUGUUUCAGGUCGGUCGAUUUGAGCUCGACUACGCGAGGACUUUUGAUUUUCGCGCCGACCGCAUCCUUCAGUCGUUGACGAGCAGUUUGAAACGAUUACAGCUCACCUAUGUUGAUAUUUGUUAUGUUCAGGUUGGUUUUGAAAAAAAAAAAUGAGAAAAAUGCUUGAAAAACGUUCGAAAAGAUGAGGAAUUUGGAAACUGUCGUAAAAACAACCGUAUUGUCCGUAGACUGUCGGUGUAUACAGACAUCUUGACUACAGUAAACUGAAUAAUGAAAAAUUUUAUUUUUCACUCUUUUUUUUUCUCUCCGAUUUCUUUCCUUUUUUUUUGUCAAAAAUCCGAUUUUUUGAAGAUCCACGAUGCUGAUUUUCAACCGAAUGAAAGUAUCGUUCUGUAUGAGACGCUCCAAGCGUUGCAAAUGGCCAAAUGUUCGGGUAAAAUUCGACACAUUGGCAUCACCGGGUAUCCUCUUAAUAAAUUGGCGUAUGUUUUGUCUUUUUUUUUUGUGGAAAUAAUUGAUUUUUACAGCUCAAUUAUUGCUUGCUCAACCGUUAAAAUUGAUAUUGUGAUGACGUAUUGCCAUGGGACGCUCAAUAAUAAUUCACUUGGACAGUUCACUUCUUGGUUUCAGGUUCAUUUUAUUUUUCGCUAUUAUAUUUGAUUUAUUGGGGGAAAAACUGUAAAGUUCACACUUUUUAGGAUUUUGAGAAGAUUUUCCGAAUUUCUCGUGAUCCCUCGAUUUUUUUUUUUGAAGUUUCUAGGUCGAUUGUUGAGCCCAUCGGUAUGAUUUUCACGAUUUUUGCACCUGACCAUAAAACGGUUUACGCCUGUCAGAUAUUUUUUUCGUUCGAAACCCGUCCCCUUGUUGAAAAAUUUUCGAUAUACCGCCAUGGCGGAUUUUUCAUUUAUUUUUUUAAUUUAAAAAUCAAAAAAAUAUGAUAUUAAGAAAUAUUUUUUUGCUUAUUUUUUUGUCAAAAAAAUCAUAAUUUCAGGCUAGAAACGUGGCAGUUGUUAAUUCCGGCGCCCUUUGUUGGGGUCUUUUGACUGAAAAAGGACCGCCCCCUUGGCAUCCGGCCAACGAUUUGAUCAGAGAAGCUUGUUUGGCUGCGACUACUUAUUGCUCAGUUGGUUAUUUUUCUCUUUUUUUGUUUUUUUGAUGGAAUUUUGAACUGCAUAUCGGAAAUGUAUCUUUUUUUAUAUGAGAAAAAUUUAAACUUUUUGUUGGAAUUUUUAGGUGUUCUUUUUCUAGAUAUUCUUCAAAAAAACUUCGCAAAAAAAUUUUUCUGAUUUUUUUCAGCUUCAUUUUGUGAAUUCUGUUACCUUUAGAAUUGAUAUAGAAAAAAAUUGCUGAACAUCGAAUACGGAAUAAAAACUUGAACUCAUGAAAUAAAAAUCGUAUUUCUUCGAAAUUUUCAAUCUGCAUGACGUUUUUAUAGGAUUAUUUAUUAGUUUGUAUCACGCAUUUUUAAUAUUUUUGAAAACCUUUUAAUAAUUUUUUUUUUUUUUUUUUUCAGUCCAAAAACAUCAGCAUAGCAAAGUUGGCCCUCGAAAAUGCGAUCAACUUUCCCGGCUGCAUAAGUUGUCUUGUUGGAAUGGAUGCUGUUCAGCAGGUACUCCCGGCAUUUCUCAAUUUUUCUUCAACAAGUGAUAUUUAAUUAAAGUUAAGGUCAAAGAUAACAUUGAACUCUGCACGAACGGACAGCUGACCUCAGUUGAGCAACGAGUUAGAGAUCGAAUCAUGCGAAGGUAUUUUUCUGUGAUUUUUCAAAUUUACUCACAAGUUUUGAAAAUUUGUAAUUGAGUAGCGGAAAGACAGAAGAAACGAAAGACGUUGAAUGAAAGAAAGCACGAAGCGUAAAAUAUCAGACAAUUAAAAUGAUUAUUAUUUGAGGUAUCUUGACCGACUGGAAAACGCGGGUUGGGAAGGCGUCGACGUGGCGCAGUACUGGAAGAAGCUCAAGAAGUUGGGACUGACGGCAUUGGCGACUCACCGUCAUUCCUCGGUCGAGAGCCUUGCGAGCACCCUCAACGGCUUCUCUUUACACUCAUCGCCGUCAAGCUCAGAACUCAGGACACCACGACGUCGACAGCCAUUCUGA